UGGUUCUGCUUGUACCUUCUGCUGAAGAACUCCAAUGCAAGCGUCAGUUUUCUGGCAAUGACUCCAUUCUAGCCAAUAUACAAUAUUCCUGAGUGAAGGUUGCAUUCCCCAGAUAAUUGGGAUUUGCAGAUUGAAAAGGGCAACCACAGAGUUAUUGCCAUUAGGAGAAGGCCUGAAAUUUGCUGUGGCGUAAAGGUUCAAAACGGUGGACAAGCUGGCAAUGUCAAGGGUGCCAACACCCCCUCCGCCUGGAGAAAUGUCUAGUGGACCUGUGGCAGAGAGUUGGUGUUACACCCAGGUAAAAGUGGUGAAGUUCUCCUACAUGUGGACCAUCAAUAACUUUAGCUUUUGUCGAGAGGAAAUGGGUGAAGUGUUAAAGAGCUCAACUUUCUCAUCCGGCCCAAAUGAUAAAAUGAAGUGGUGCCUCAGAGUAAACCCAAAGGGUUUAGAUGAAGAAAGCAAAGACUACCUUUCCUUAUAUUUGCUUUUAGUUAGUUGUCCAAAAAGUGAAGUUCGAGCAAAAUUUAAAUUUUCUUUAUUGAAUGCAAAAAGAGAAGAAACAAAAGCUAUGGAAAGUCAAAGGGCAUAUCGAUUUGUCCAAGGCAAGGACUGGGGUUUCAAAAAGUUUAUCCGUAGAGACUUCCUUCUAGAUGAAGCGAAUGGUCUUCUUCCAGAUGAUAAACUUACACUGUUUUGUGAAGUGAGUGUAGUUCAAGAUUCUGUUAAUAUAUCCGGCCAAUCAAAUAUGAAUACAUUAAAAGUUCCAGAAUGUCGUCUAGCAGAUGAUUUGGGGAAUCUAUUGGAAAGUUCUAGAUUCACAGAUUGCUCCCUUUAUGUAGGAGGGCAAGAAUUUAAAGCUCACAAAUCAAUUUUAGCAGCUCGUUCUCCUGUUUUUAAUGCUAUGUUUGAACAUGAAAUGAAAGAAAGUAAGAGGAAUAGAGUAGAAAUUAAUGAUGUAGAUCCAGAAGUUUUUAAAGAAAUGAUGAGAUUUAUCUACACAGGAAAAGCACCAAAUCUUGAUAAAAUGGCUGACAACCUGUUAGCAGCUGCAGACAAAUAUGCACUAGAUCGACUAAAGGUCAUGUGUGAAGAAACUUUGUGUAGUAACCUCUCAGUUGAAAAUGUUGCAGAAAUUCUCAUUCUUGCAGAUUUGCACAGCGCAGAGCAACUGAAAGCACAAGCAAUAGACUUCAUUAACAGGUGCAGUGUUCUCCGACAACUUGGGUGUAAGGAUGGGAAAAACUGGAGUAACAACCAUGCCACUGACGUAAUGGAGACAGAAGGCUGGAAAUCGAUGAUCCACUCCCACCCUCAUUUAGUUGCAGAGGCCUUCCGAGCACUAGCAACGGCACAGUGCCCUACUUUUGGUAUUCCACGCAAACGAUUAAAACAGUCGUAAUUGUGCUAGAGGACUUUAGGUACUGAUCUUGCUACUGACUUUGUGUAGAGGUAUUUCUACCUUGCACCCACCCAUGCAGGAUGAAGACUUCGUCAGUUGCAUACACAGGACACAACCUGAACUUUAACCGUCUUUUAAUUGCUCUGCUGAAGGAUGUGUUCAAGUAUGGUCUUCAGCUUUAAAUUAGUUUACAUGCUUUUCUCUCAGCCACUUAAACAGCCUUAAAUAUUUUUCAUCCUUCUAGUUCAGUUUAAAUAUUUUUUAUGUUUCCUUAUUUUUUAAAUUAAUGUGUGCCUUGUCAAAAGACUAGGCUAUGCAGAAUUGCAUCAGAAACCAAAAUGCAGAACCAUCCAUUGAAUAGUUGAAAAAGGCAAAUGUACCUUCUAACACUUUUCUAAGUGUUUGCUCUUUCACAUGAAAGUAUAAUUAAUAAUUAACUUCCCUGCAAAUCUGUCUAUUAACCUUAAUUAGCCAACAAUUGGAGCAGUUAGCUAUAACCACUCACCUUUCAAUAUUAGUUUUCAAUUGUGAUUUUCCUCAAUACACAUUUGCAUUAUGGAUACUGUUAAAAUUCUGCAUGACAGCCUGAAAGGGAUGUACCAUUCAAUAGCACAUGUCCUUAUUGGGCCAGUGGUAUAUGAAGUACGUGGUUGGUUUGUGAACCACCAUUUUCUUUUCAGUGUUUGUAAACUUUGUUUACAGUUUGGAAUUUCUACUGUACAGAUUUUUUUUUGAAGAUUAAAUUCACAAUUUUGGCAGAAAUGUUAAAGACCUUUGUUACAAUUGUGUGAAAAUGGUUUGUAAUGUUCAGCAACCUUCUAGAACUUGAGAUUGCAACAUAACUGAAGUAGAAACACUAUAAUUUGUGAUACUGAUGUACCAAAACAUUGGAAUGAUUCAAUUAAAUAUAUUUAACUUGAAUAACAAAAGAGCAUUUCUGAAGACUAUCCCUUUAAAAUUCCCAAAACAAUGUUAAGACACUGAAGAUCACCUGAUCAAAUUAAUUUUUCCAGAAUAUGUUUACGAUAUUUCUAUCCCUUUAACUUCACAAGAAUUUUCUGUUCACCUUACUUUCCUUGAGGUGCUGAUUCUUUUGGAUCUAGAUCCAUGGGUGCUGGCCGCCCACCACCAUCCAGUAUCUCACCCAAGUGGCUGUGGCUCAAGUGUGACUUUCAUAUGGCUAUUUUAACCACUGGGGGACAGUCAAGCAUAUUGCAGUACUCACCCAACAUGCAGCUUGGAUGGCAAUCAGAAGUGAGAACCCUGGAUAAUUUCCCAUUUUACCCAAGUGGGUUUAUAGCCCACUAGAGCAGCUCUGCUGCUAGUUCAGCUAAACCAUCUAGCUCAGCACAGCUUAGCAUUUGAAACAGAUUUUCCUGGUACAUGUGGCUCAGUGACUCACUGGAUAAACUUACUGAGCCACUGAGGAGAAUUCCAUUUUUAGAUUGAACAGGUAUUGUAAUCAAGUCAUUUGUCUGAGACACUGCUAAGGUAACACUGUAAAUUUUGUAGAAAACUCCACAUUUCAGAACAAUGAUUUUUGCAAUGCCUCAAAUUGACGUUACAUGGCAAUUGAUUUGCUUAUGUUUUGCUAUUUUAUUUAUUAUGCAUCAAUAUAUUUCAUAAAAAAGACUUGUGUUAGGUUAAAGAAACUUUGUAAAACUUUAUAAAUGCAAUUGAAUGCACUAAUUUGUAUCAGCAGUAGGCUAAUUUGUUCAUUCUGUAGGCUAUUGUUUCGUGAAAAUCAUUUUUUGUUAGAGUGCUCAAAUAUUUUUUAAAAAUUGGAAGUUCAAGAAGCCAAUGGGUUUAAUUUGUCAAUGUAUCUGUUUACUGUCAUAUCACAAAUUCAAAGUAUGGUUGCAUGAACUACACACCAUGAAAAUUUGAAUAAAACAUCUUAAAAAUGAGUAUUGAAAUGCUUGUUCAAAAAUAAUGCUUAGUACUUCUACUGAGGAGUUUGAAUAUGAAUAGUUUUUAAUUUUAAUAAUUUUAUUUAUUUGUGAAUUGGUUAUUUUAGCCAGGGCAGUGCCAUCUUGUAUAAUUUUAUUCAUUUAAUCAUUUCCUCUUCCCAAAAUUAGGGAAGAUAAGAAUAUGCAUUAGCCUUUGGUCGACAGUGAAAUAUCAUAGUCAGAAAGAAGUCAUCUCUGUCUUUUUCUUUUGAAUUUCUUUUGUCCUUUUUAUAUUAUAAUUUCUCUGCUUCUGAUUCAGUUUCUUAUUCAUAGUCCAAAUAGGAUAUGCUCUGUGUGAUUGAGAAGAGGGGUGACAAAUACCUUUGAGCAUAUUUCAGUGUAAUUUGAAACGGGAUCCUUUGUUUUAAAAGUGGGCAGUUUGAAAAGAGUAGACUUGUUGAACUUAAAAACCAGAUUUCACUUAUCUAAUUAGGUUUCGCUUAAUAAUGAGAAGAACAGGAGUAGGCAGUUUUCCCUUUGAAUAUUUAGUGAGAUGGCUGAUACAUAGUCUAAUUUCAUAUUUAUUUAUCCUAAUAUCCUGUAAUGCUUUUGGUUAAUAAUAACCUAUUAUUCUAGAUAUAUAAGCCAAGUUGUUGAUAAUGAUGCAGAAGAGUUCCAAAUUUCUAUCAGCAGCCAGAUGUAGAAGUAUCUCCCAACCACUACAUAUACAGUACUGGCCUUUCAGCCCAUGAUGUUGUGCUGGCUUUAUAACCCCUCCUACAUAGCCCACUAUUUUACUAUCAUUAUUUUGCCUAUCUAAGAGUUUAUGAAAUGUCCCUAAAGUACCACUGUCCCUGGCAGAGUGUGCCAUGCAUGCACCAUUUAGUAAAGAAUUUACUCUUGACAUCCUUCCCCACCCACCCCAAUACUUACCUCCAAUCAUAAGACAUAGGAGCAGAAUUAGGUCACAUGGCAUAUCGAAUCUUCUUCAUUAUUUCAUCAUGGCUGAUUUAUUAUCCUUGUCACCCCAUUCUUCUGCCUUUUCCCCAUAACUUUCCAUGCCCUGACUAACCAAGAAACUAUCAACCUCUGCUUUAAAUGUACUUAAUGACUUAGCCUUCAUAGCCGUCUGUGGCAAUGAUCCACCAUCCUCUGGCUGAAGAAAUUCCUUCUCAGUUUUGUCCCACUGUUCUGAGGCUAUGCCCUCUAGUCCUAGACUCACCCACUAUGGGGAAACAUCUUCUCCACAUCCAGUCUGUCCAGGCAUUUCGAUAGUCAAUAGGUCAAUAGUCAACCCCCCCCCCCCCCCCCCACCAUUCUUCUAAACUCCAGUGAGUACAGGCUCAAAGCCAUUAAACCUCAUGAACCUCCUUUGAACUAUCUCCAAUGUCAGCACAUCUUUAGAUGAAGAGCCCAGAACUGCUCACAAGUGUCUGACCAAUGCCUUAUAAAGCCUCAGCAUCACUUCCUAACUUUUAUAUUUUAGUCCCUCAACGAAUGUUAACAUUACAUCUGCCCUCCUUACCACUGACUCAACCUGCAAAUUAACCUUAAGAGAAUUGUACACAAGUACUCCCAAGUAAAAAGCAAUGUGGCGUACAGGAUCACCUGCAGAGACUGCAGCAAGAACUACGUAGACCAGACAGGAUGUAAAUGCUCGACUCAUUUACGGGAACAUAAAUGGGCAGUACGAAGACACGAUCCAUUGUUGCUGAUAUCAGUACAUGAAUAUCAAGAAGGACACAAUGGAAGUUCUGGCACAGACAAAAGUAAAAAAUUUUAGAAGCAUGGCUGUCUUCUGAAAACUCUACACAAACAUAUUGAAAUCAAUGUCUCUACAAGCCUUUAAGAGCCAAUGGAAUUCAAAGGACAACUGAAGGGUUAGCCAAUCAGGACUGGAGCAAGAGAAUGGGGAGGGCACUGUAUAAAUGUGGGCACUCCCAGAGAGAAGCACUAACAACUACGCACUUGAAGAUCUCACCUUGACUAGUGAUGAAACAUCCACAAGCUUGGCAAACCCUGCAACAUACUGUUAUGAUUUUUAAAUUUUCUAUGCAUUUACAAAAAAGUCUUUGCCUUUAUUCCUUCUACUGAAGUGCAUGAUCAUACACUUCCUGAAAAAAUACCUGCCCCUCCACCUAUCUUUGUGUCAUCUGCAAACCUGGCCACAAACCGUUAAUUUCAUCAUCCAAAUCAUUGUCCUAUAAUAUGAAAAGAAACAGUCCCAAUGCUGGCAGAACACCACUUUGUCACCAGCUGCCAACCAGAAUAGGCCACCCCCCCUUAUUCAGACACUUUACCUCCUGCCCAUCUUCUAUCCAUGCUAGUAUUAUUCCUAUAACACCAUGGGUAUUUGUUAAGCAGCUUCAUGUUCAGCACCUUGUCAAAGGCCUUCUGAAAAAUCUAAGUAAAUAAUAGCCACUGUCUUACAUUUUCCCUUAAGGAAACCAUGCUAACUUUGGUAUACUUUAUCAUAUACCUUCAAGUAGCCCAAAAUCUCAUCUUCAAUAUUGGACUCCAACACCUUCCCAACCACUGAAGUGGGGCUAACUAUCCUUUCUUCUGCCUCCCACCCUUAGAGUGGAGUGACAGUUGCAAUUUUCCAGUUCUCUAGAAGUAUUUCUGAAUCUCCUUAAUAAUAGCAACUACCCUCACUUCUGCCCACUGACAUUCUUGAGUUCAUCUGCCAUUUUUUCUCCAUUACUACCUUUCCAGUGUCAUUUUCCAGGGGUUCACUAUCCAUUUUUGCUGUCUUUUACUCUUUAUAUAUCUGAAAAAACUUUCGGUAUCCUCUGGUAUAUUUGGCUAGCUUACUUUUUGUCUCCUUAUGAUUUUUUUAGUUGCCUUCCAUUGGGUUUUAAAAACUUCCCAAUUCUCUAACUUCCCAUUAAUUCUUACUAUAUGCCCUCUCUUGCUUUUAUGCUGCCUUUGACUUCCUUGUCACCUGCGGUUGCAUCAUUCUCCCUUUAGAAUACUACUUCAUCUUUGGGAUGUAUCUAUCCUGCACCUUCUGAAUUGCCCCCAGAAGCUCCAGCAGUUGCUGUUCUGCUAUCACCUCCCCCGCUAGUGUCCCCUUCCAAUCAACUUCGCCCAGCUCUUCUCUCAUGCCUCUAAUUCCAUCAACUCCACUGUAAUAUUGAUACAUCUGACUUAUCUUCUCCUAAGAUGCAAAGUGAAUUCUAUCAUAUUAUGAUCACUUCAUCCCAAGGGUUCCUUUAUCUUCAUCUGCUUAAUCAAAUUUGCAACUGGCUUCUGAUGCAACUUGUUGCAACUGCUUCUGAUGGGCCCUGAUAGGUCAUUUCCCAUCCCCACCAUAGUAUCAAAGAGGUAGACUUGUUGCGAUCACUUUCAAACUAUACUCCCUUCUGGCCGGAAGUCUGGCUAUAUUUCUAACAAUGCUUCUUGUAUACCUGCAUAUCAGGUCGCCUCUUAUCCUCAUUGCUCCAAGCAGAAAAGCCUCAUCUCACUCAACCUGUCUUCAUAAGAUAUGCCCUUUAGUUUAGGCAUCAUUCUGGUAAAUCUCUGCACCCUCUCUAAAGCUUCCACAUUAUUAUUAUUAUAAUGAGGCAACCAGAACUACUUGCAAUAUUCCAAGUUUGGUCGAACAGGAUUUUAUAAGUCUGGAAUGAGCAAAGAGACCAGAACAGAUCCCUGUAGAACACAACUGCUCAUUGACCUACAGACAAAACACUCCAAUUACUUAUCACCACCCCCAACAUUUUCUGCCUUCUGCAGGGACCACUCUUUCUGUGGUUCCCUGGUUCACUCAUCCCUUUCCAUCCUCAACACUUUCCCCUGCAUCCAUUGCACCCCAUUCUGCUUUGCCCACUGCAUUUAGUGUUUGUGAUAAUCACCUUCUCUACAUCGAUGAGACCAGGUGUAAAAUCUGUGACUGCUUGGCUGCACACAUGCACUCUUAUCUACAGUGGCCAUCUCAGGCUCCCAGUUGCAUGCCAUUUUAGUUUCCCACUCCAAAAUGACCUGCCUCCCCUGCCAGGAUGUGGCACUACAGUUUAUAUUCCACUCGAGUAGCCUGCGAACCAAUGUUAAGAAGUAGCUCAUCAUUCCUUUCAUGUCAGGUUCUGUUUAUCACCUUCCUUAUUUGAUUCCAGAAUCUGCAACCCUUCGUCUCCACCUUGCAGAUUUUCAUUUUCUGUCUUUUACCCUCUCCGCCCCUCUCCCCCUCUCUCUCACCCCCCCCCUCCUCUGUCCCUACCCCCUCCACCUUCAUCCCUGUGUAAAUGUCAUGGUGUAUUUUCUUCGUGUUAGGCACAAGAUGUACAGGAAGUGUAAUUUGUCUAAUUUACUUUAGGUCUCUAAGUGUUCAUCUAUUUCCUAGAUCACUAAUCUUUAAAAUAUUACAGCAGCAUUUCCCUGCCUUUGAAUUAUUGAAGCUCCCUCUGUAAGCACAUUCAUAAAAAUGGCCUUGUGCUUAGAACCCCAAACUGGAAAGAAUUAAAUUUAAUUUCCACAUACCGUUCUCUCUUGAAGUAGAGAGCUAGGAUUUCCUGCACUAGAUUUUGACCCUAUGCUUUCCUUUGAUUAGGUUUCUAGUGCUCUUUUGUUGGUGUUCUGGUCUGCAAAUACUUGUAUGUGAUUAGCUUUUUCUCUUUUUUUUACAAUGGGAGCUUGUCCUGUAAUUACUAAUUGCAUUUAAACCUAUAAGCUAUUCUCCCUGUCUUGUGCAUUAUCAAAAGAUGUGCAAGAUGAAUAAUAACAUUUAAAUGCAGUGGAUUCUGGUUAAUGGAGACUUAUCAGGACCAGUACAUUUUGGUCCAAUUAAGCAGCUGUCCCAAUUAGCUGAAGUUUCAUGGAAAUGGAGGUAGAUAUAUAUAAAUUUGAAAAUAUAACUACAGUACUAGAAAACUGUAAGAACUCCUAACAGUUAUCGACGGAGGAAUUCAUCCAGUGUACGCAAUGAAGAAAAUCAGCACAGGCUUCUAGUGUAGAUAAUAGGCUGUCUUCUUACAGCGCUAUCGACAUUGCAUCCUCCAAAUCUUAAUUUUUGUUGUAACAUUCAAGAUGAUUGUUGAUACCUUCAAACUCCUCCAAGUUGAAGUAGUUAAUUACACUCCCAGCUGUUUUUGGCAUCACCAAGUCUGAAUGCUGAGCAAAACCGUUUAUUUCUUGCCAACUAUCAGAAAAUUUACUGCUUUUUUAAACACAAUCAUGCACAACUGAUGUUAUGGGUCUGCUCUAGACAUGGUGUAGCGUCUAAUGGCCACACAAGUGCGCCUGACUGAUUCUAGUUAGAACCUGUUCAAGUCUCCUACUCCAAUUAUGCAGCAUAGUGUCCCAAAUAAAUGAAAGGAAUACCGGCAAUUUUCUUGAUUAGAUUUUGUUCUUUAAGAGUUGUCCCAAAUAACCAGCUGCCCUAAUUAACUGAUUGUCUAAUUAAGCAGAACCCACUGUACUUCUGGUCUUGUAUUAAAACAACCCUGAUUGCCAAUCAGCAAUUUCUUCCCUCUUUUUAUUUUAAGCAGAGAAUUUUUACUUUGGGAAGGGAUAAAGUGUUUGUAGUUAAAAAGAGUUGUCUAUUUGUCUCUUUCUGUGUCUUUGAAGUAAAUACAAAAACUCUGGUACAAAAUUAGUUUUCGAGAAGAAAGAUAUGCAAUUAAAAUGAUUUUGAGGAUAAUGUUGCUGUUAAUGGAAUUUUAUGUCUUCCUUUGAUGUAAAUGAUUUAACUUAAUUCAUCAUGCCUCAAAAGUUUCUAAUGUUGCUACUGGCAAAACAUCUUCUGGGAUAUGACUGAAGCCUUUUGAUGCAAAAGGGAAAACACCCAAUAAUAGUUCCUUGCAGCUAUGUCUGAGGAGCGUGUCAGAUUGAAACCAAGUGGAAGCAAUUUGUUUUCAUGAUUAUGAAGAAAUAAAAAGUAUUUAAAGUUGAAGUAAUUUAUGCUGACUAAACAUUCUACUAAAAUAUUUCCUUGUGCAAAGAAAGGGAUUCAGAAGGAGAAACUGAAUCAUGCAGUUUCUAGUAUCACAGGAUCUUUCCUUUUCUUGUGUGUGUGUGUGUACACAGUAUGAAUGAUAUAGUGCUUGAACU